AUGUUUGUUCUAGCAACGCAGAGCUGUUUGAACCAAAGACACGGGCGAGCAUACGGUAUAGUUCGCAAACGGGCCAGAAAUAGGUCACCGUUCAACUGCUCAGCUGCAACUAGUAACGAGUCGGUAGCUGAGCUGCCCUCACUUUUGCACGGAAUCGCACACACGACUGUGAAAACACAGGUUUCCUCAAGCCUUCAGCAACCAAACUGUCUCGCGUGCGUGUGGAAGCCGGGCUCUGACGCCGCUCGCCUACGAGAAGCCUGGACGGCGGCGGCGGCGGCGGCGAGAACUCGACGCAGACCAGCGAACGGCGUCCUAACAGCACAGCACGUACCGGUUGCAGACAUCGACCAGCAACGAGCAGCGUUGCGGCACCUAUUCCUGGAAAUGGGGCUUUCGGUGAACGGCAUGGAAACUUUUUAUGAACCGCUUCUGGAAAUGAUCGAGCUCUUCUGCCUCGCCUUCGAACAGAACGUGAACCGAAUUGGGCAACAUGCGAGAUCCCCGCUACGUGCGGUGGACCUGCGUUUGAGUUUCUUGGACUCCACUCCUUGCCCGAGAUUUCAUGUUGAUUCUGUGCCCCUGCGCCUGCUCUGUACGCUACAAGGCCCUGGAACGGAAAUUGCAAGGGAGACGUUCGUGUGGCGGGAGCGUUUCGAAGCAGCACGAAGCGUAGGCGGUGCCUAUCGCAUCCGAAAGUCCUGGUGGCAAACACAGACACUGUCGGCGUGCACAGCUGAGGAGCACGCACAGCACGUUGUUUUUAGGCGGCAGGUGUCGACGCCGCUGGCGAUCAGUGUGCCCCAGUACAUCUGGGACCCGUCAUCUGGUCGUUGGUUGCUGCGGGAUUCGCUCCCAGACGCCCCUGUUGAGCGACUUGUACCGUGGCAUGCUGUGCUUUUGAAAGGCACUGGAUGGAUCCGUGCAGAUGGCGAUGCCAGUGCCGCCGCCGCCGCCAUCCAUCGAUCGCCAUGCAUGCAGCCGACGGAAACGCGCUGGCUGUUCCAUAUCGAUGCACACGUGUCUAUGGACGAACACGGGGCUUAG